AUCUCCUUCGUCCUUAAUCAAACUCUGCUUCUUCCGCGAUUUGGUGGAAAAUUCAAACGGAAAUGUGAUUUUCCGAUCAUAAGCAAUAUAGUUCUUCUCCGGAGAAACAUAUAACCACAACAAUAAAUCUUCAUUACCAGAGAAAGUUGAAGCUGAGAGGCUUUUUCAGUAACCGUAAUCGACGCUAAGAAGAUGAAGUAAAAGCUCCCAAGGAAUAUUUCGAUAAAUCUAAAACCUUAGUUUCUCUCUCUUUCGUCUGUUAGGGACGUUACUCUCCGUUAAGAAGAUGACGGCGAUUUCUCAUUUGAUUUUAAUCGUGAUCGUAAUCGGAGGAUCCGUCUCUUCUUCCUCCUCCUCUCCGGAACGUUGCGGCGGAUUGAUUUUGCCUUAUCCUUUCGGAUUCUCACACAAUUGUCCGAUCAGAUUCGAUUGCUCCCCGGCGGGGGAAGCUAAGAUCGGAGUCUUCUCCGUCCAGAACGUGACGGGAGACAGUAUCUUCAUCCACGUCCCACACGAUUGUGAUCGGAGCGUUGAAGCUAUGAAGCCUCUCUUCGGGGAGCAUUACGCGCCGACGUGGGAGAACAGUUUUCUCAUGGAGGAUUGCAAGAAUCAAACAGAUGGAUGUUCGAUCAAGCAGAGGUUUCUCGAGACGCAGAUGAAACUAAAAAGCUGUGGAGUUGAGGGAAACGUGAGCUGUUUCUCGAUAGAUGGGAAUUUGAGUUCGAGGAAGUUUUUUAGGAUGGAGGAUUUGAGGGAGAGCUCGUGUAAGCUGUUGUUUUCGUCGGUGGCGUUUGAGUCUGUUGGUGGGAGUUUGGGGAUAGCGUUGGAGUUUGAGAGGGUUAGGUUAGGUUGGUGGGUGAAGGGAGGUUGUGGAAGUGGGAACUCGACUUGUGCGGUUAAUGCUGGUUGUGAGGAGGUUGAUACUCCUGAUGGAAGUGUAGGACAUCGGUGUUCGUGCCAUGAGGGUUAUUAUGGAGAUGGGUUCGUCAAGUCUCCUUGCAAGAAAGCAUUACCGAACUGCCGUGGUUCAAGGCUUGGCUGGGGACAUUGUAGAUCUAACAUUGCUAUUGUUGUAGGAGGAACUAUUGGUGGAGCAUUUUUACUAGCUGGCUUAGCAAUUUUAUUCACUUGUAAGCAGAAACGGUCUGCUUCUUUGAGAAGCCUGUUAAGCGCAAAGCGUCUUUUGUCUGAAGCUACAGGCAACUCAAAUGUCGCUUUCUUCCCUUACAAGGAGGUUGAGAAAGCAACGAAUGGUUUCUCUGAAAAGCAGAGGCUAGGAACAGGCGCAUAUGGUACGGUCUAUAAAGGGAAGCUCCAAAAUGAUGAAUGGGUUGCUAUCAAAAGACUCAAACACAGAGAUUCAGAAAGUGUUGUCCAAGUCAUGAACGAGAUCAAGCUUCUUUCCUCAGUAAGCCACCCGAAUCUUGUACGUCUCUUAGGUUGCUGUAUAGACCAAGGCGACCCGGUUCUUGUCUAUGAGUUCAUGCCAAAUGGAACUUUAUCAGAACAUCUACAAAGAGAGAUAGGAGAUGGUCUUCCAUGGACGGUGCGUCUCACUGUUGCCACUCAAACAGCUAAAGCAAUUGCUUAUCUCCACUCUGCAAUGAACCCACCCAUCUAUCACCGUGACAUCAAGUCCACCAACAUCCUUCUCGACUAUGAUUACAACACCAAAGUUGCCGACUUCGGACUCUCUAGGCUCGGAAUGACCGAAACUUCCCACAUUUCAACAGCUCCUCAAGGAACCCCCGGCUAUCUCGACCCGCAGUAUCAUCAAUGCUUUCAUCUCUCUGAUAAGAGCGACGUCUACAGCUUCGGAGUCGUUCUUGCUGAGAUCAUAACAGGGUUGAAAGCUGUUGACUUCACUCGCCCGCAUGCACAAAUCAACUUAGCUGCUUUUGCUGUUGACAAGAUAGGCUCAGGCUGUCUGGACGAGAUCAUAGACCCGAUUCUUGACGUGGACGUAGAUGCAUGGACUCUCUCGUCAAUACACACCGUGGCCGAGCUGGCCUUCCGGUGCUUAGCCUUCCACAGUGACAUGAGACCGACGAUGACUGAAGUAGCCGACGAGCUUGAACAGAUACGGCUCAGCGGUUGGAUUCCAAACAUGGUUCUGGAUUCACCGACCGGAAGCGAAAGAUCAGUAUCAGUUAGAAAAGCAUCAGCACCAAGCAGAAGACUCGUUGUCCCUCCGAAGAAGCAAGAUAUCCUCGCUUUUGUCGAAGAGAAGGACGAUAGCUCACCAGUGUCGGUUCAAGAUCCUUGGUUAAGUGCACAGAGCUCACCUUCUUCAAACACAUUGCUAGGUAACAUUCCCAGGUGA